AUGUCAUUCUCCAAUUCGUCCGGAGGCACGUUGGCACUGCCCUCGCCAACACACGCCCACCAAAUCGAUGUCACAUCGGCGGUCCGCACCCUCCGCCGUUCCCUGUCACGCUCUCCAUCCAAGUUUUUGUCGCGUACAAACUCACACAGUUCCGAUAACAGCUCUUCCCAACUCUCGCCACGCACUCCCAGCCGACGCUUUGGAUUCACUCCCCAAAACGCGCAACAACACCGAUUCGUUUGCCAUCAACAAAAUCAUAACGAACCUCAGUCAGCGCCACCCGCCGCCCAGCGAGCCGCGCCAGCUACCACAACCCCACAUCGCGCGCCGUUGUUGACGCCGCUGCGAGCAAGCGUCAAGCUCUCUCUGCGCUCCGCAAAAUCAAUCAAAGCACUGUCACCAGCUUCUCGCCACCUGGCACGCUCAAGGUCUUCGCCCAAGAGCCCUGUAAAAAGACCUUUGACCGCGGCGCCCGACGCAGCAAACUUCCAGAUCUUUCAGUCGACCACCCCAACCACCUCGCCUAUCGCUGAGCGCUCACCUUUCAGACGCAUUCACCACACGGCGCCGGGACAGGAAAACUCUUUGUUUUCCUCUCGCUCUACGACUCCCACUGAAAGCGCCACUAAACUAAACCGACACAGUCUGCAUCUUGACGUAUCAGGAGUUUCUCAAUCCGAGUUCUUCAAAGCGCUGGACGCAAACGACCAAACCUAUAUGACCACAACAACAGGCGCUCUUAAGCGUAAUGAUGCUACGAUGAACCUUGAUCACCACAGUCAAGGUAGCCCUGUCGCUAAACGACGGAGCAUGUACGGCGUUGCGGGCAACGCUUCUACAGAUAACCUCAGCAUUUUUGGCACAAACACAACGUCGUCGCAGAGCUUCGAUAUUCACGAAGAUCCUGCAUCAGAGUACGAAUUAUUCGCGUCUCCAGACGUCAUGGAUCCCGCCGCGUUGGCCUCGCCUAGCCCGUCAGCCAAUGUUCCCAAGCGCUCGUCCUCGCUUCGCAAGUCGACCUUGCAACAGCGAUACGGAGACAGGGGAUCGCUUGGCCGACGCAACGGUGAACGCCAACUCGGGCAGCUGGCUGCGGAGUUUUCUACACCCGGUAGAAGUCGUCCUCGACUCUCUACGGAUCACUUCGUCCCUCCACAACCUCCUCGCGAGAGCCCAUUUUCGUCUGGAACACCUCUGCCAAAUGCAUCAAUCCACUUUGUAGAUGCAAAAAGCCACCAGCCUCAUCCGCUGUCCAAGUCGCUCGUCUCUUCCAACUCUGGUGGCAGCCUAACGGAAGAGGAAACAACACCAAGUGCGCCACUAAAGUUUUUCGAUAAGCCCAAGGCGCACCCUUUCUCAAAAUCUCUACCUCUAAACGCCACUCGACCUACCGCUCGCCCUACUCAUGACCAUACAAAGGCUGUUGCAACACCAAACCACGCCAACCGCUUGUGGACUGCUGCUUUCAACUCUACCGGAUUGAUCUCAAAGGUCAACCGCAACCCAGAAGAAGAAGCUGACAGGAAGAUUGCCCCUCCAGAUACGCCCUGCAAGAAGCACAGCAACCCAUUUGCUACUUUCCCCCCUCCUGCCGUUAGUGGACUGAAGAGAAGAACCAAUAGCCGCGGAUCUUUCUCCGGCCUUCCUUCAACUCCAUUCAACGCCACUCCAGCGCGUCUUCCGGAAACAUUUGGCAAUGGUUCCAAGGGCCUAUCAAUAUUCCAAAAGGGCUCUAACUCUCUGGGCAACCGACGUGGCAGUCUGCUGAGCCUGGAUGGAGAAGACCGUAAGCUCUUCGGUGACAAUACCGAAAACCUUCCAGUGGGCGACAGCGACGCUCCUCCCACACCCACUAAGAAUGCUUUGCCCAAUAGCCUAAGCAACCUGAGUGAGCAGUCUCUGGAAAGCCCUAGUACGAACCGAACUUUUGCUCUUCCUGUUUCGGCUGUGAAGCCACCCGCCUUUACAGAGCCAUCAUUUGCCUCUUCUAUUCCUGCAGAUGGGCGAAGAACCCCUCAAACUCCUCACGAGGGACUCCUUCCGCUUGACACUAGCCGCCUAUCCAUUUCUCUUCCCGAUAAUGCCGACUUCAGCAUGCCCCCUCCCGUGACACCAACCACAACGGACAAGGACUUCCGUUCUUCGACAAGCAUCUUCGUAACUCCUGUCAAUGUUCGUACCAACAACAUCGACGUUGAUGCUAGUCUUGUGUCCAAGUUUGACAGGGUUGAGCAGGUCGGCAAAGGCGAGUUCUCUACCGUGUACCGUGUUACGAAAUUGGAGAUCACGUCGCAAGAGAGACGCCCAUCUAUGACGCCCAGUGGUUCUGACAACCAACUUACCACCAAGGGUCAAGUGUUUGCGGUGAAGAAGAGCAGACACUCUUAUCAAGGUCGCAAGGAUCGGGAUGCCAAGCUUCGCGAAGCCAAGAUUUUGCAAGCUCUAUCGCAUGCGGAACACGUUGUGCACUAUGUCGAUGACUGGGAGCACAACUUCCAUCUGUAUAUCCAGACAGAAUUUUGUGAAGAAGGAACGCUCGAAAGGUUUCUUAGCAAUGUCGGCCGCGGUGGUAGACUGGACGAUUUCCGCAUCUUCAAGAUCCUGCAGGAUCUUUGCUUGGGAUUGAAAGAAGUACAUGAUGCUGGCUUUAUGCAUCUGGAUAUGAAACCAGCCAAUAUUCUUGUUACCUUUGAAGGUGACUUGAAAAUUGCUGAUUUCGGUCUGGCUCAAUCCUGCUUGACUGCAGAAAGCGUUGAUGUCGAAGGUGAUAGAGAAUACAUGUCCCCUGAGAUGCUGAAGGGCCAUGUUGGCAAGGCAGCUGAUGUCUUUUCACUCGGGCUUAUCACGCUCGAAGUCGCGGCUAAUGUUGUUUUGCCUGAUAACGGCCCUACAUGGGUGGCAUUGCGCUCCGGCGAUCUCUCAGAAGUCCCCAGUCUGACCUGGACGCCUUCUAUCGAGGUACAGCGCGAUUCUGCUGGCAACCCUACCGAGACUGUCCACAGCGGAGACUUUACGCAUGACAAGGUUCACAGCGCCGGUAGCUUGUUUGGCUCCUUCAAAGCUACUGAGCUACAGCAACCACCAGAGUUUAUGGUUGAAGCCUACCACCCAAGCUCAUUGGAUUCCAUUGUGCGGUGGAUGACUGCCCAGGAACCUGGUGAGAGACCUAUUGUGGACCAGAUUCUUGAUUUGGAGGGCUUGGUCUGGGUUUCUGAGCACAGAAAUGCACCAGCUACCGUUUUCGAAGGCAGCUGGGGCCCAGCCGAAGUCCGUCCAGUCUCAUUUUCAGUCGACAGCGACACUGAAAUGACAGACAUUUAA